AUGGGUAAAGCUUUGGUCUUUUUGGGUUUAUUAGCGGUUGGGCUGUUGGGGUUGGUCGGGUUCAGCGGGUUCCCAACCGAGGACUUGGUGGCGAGGUUGCCCGAUCAGCCCGAGGUCGGGUUCAGGCAGUUUGCCGGGUACGUCGAUGUCGAUUUGAGACAUGGGAGGAGCUUGUUCUAUUACUUUGUUGAGGCAGACAAGGACCCCGACAAGAAGCCUCUCACCCUCUGGCUCAAUGGAGGGAUAAUGAGUUCAGAAAAUAAUUUGGAGGUGAACUUGGAAUCCUCUAGGAAGGAAAAAUCCAUGGCCACGAUAAACGAAGAUGAUGAUGUAGUGGAGCUUGAUGCAGAUGAGAUUCAAGACACUGCAACAGGAACUCAGGCAGGGACAUCGAAAGGCAAGCGAAAAAGAAGGUUGACAUCACCUGUUUGGCAAUUCUUUGAGAAGUUGGCAGAAAAGUCGAUUGAUGAGUAUACUGCGAUUAGAUCUGUAUUCGCAUAUUUGAGUGAGAAUGUGCCUGUUAUAUCUCGAAAUACUGCAAGGGCUGAUGUGUUGAAAGUUUAUAAAAAAGAGAAGUCACGGGUUAAGAGCUUGCUUGAGGAAGCUAGUGGUAGAAUUUGUUUGACAUCUUAUUUGUGGACCUCUAUUGCUACUGAUGGGUAUCUCUCUUUGACCGCACAUUUUAUUGAUAAAAAUUGGAGUUUGCAAAAGAGGAUUCUGAAUUUCUCUCCUAUGCCACCUCCACAUACUGGUGUGGCAUUGAGCAAUAAGAUUACCUCUUUGUUGGCUGAGUGGGGUAUUGAGGGAAGAUUAUUUUCUAUUACUUUAGAUAAUGCCUCCGCCAAUGACACUUUCGCGGGCUUGUUGAGAUCGCAUUUGAAUUUGAAGGAUGCACUUUUAGCCAAAGGUGAAUUCUUUCAUCAACGAUGUUGUGCGCAUAUCAUUAAUUUGAUUGUGCAAGAUGGACUAAAAGAGACUGAUGUUGCGGUAGACAAAGUGCGGGAGAGUGUCAAGUAUGUUAAGGGGUCUCAAGUUAGAAAAGAAAAAUUUCUUGAAUGUGUGAAACUCUUGUCUUUGAAUCCGAAGAAAGGCUUGAGGCAAGAUGUCCCUACUCGUUGGAAUUCAACAUUUCUUAUGCUUGACAGUGCAUUCUAUUAUCAUCGUGCAUUUUGCCACCUAGAGUUAAGUGAUUCCAAUUAUACAAAUUGUCCUACCUCACUGGAGUGGCAGAAGAUUGAGAAGAUAAAGAAGUUCUUGGGGGUUUUCUUUGAGAUUACGAACUUGUUUUCUGGAAGUAAGUAUCCAACCGCAAAUCUAUACUUUUCUUCUACUUUCAAAGCAUAUGUGUUGCUCAAGGAGUAUAGUGAUGGGACAGAUGAAGAUCUGAGAGCAAUGUCAUUGAGGAUGCUUAUGAAAUUUGAAAAGUACUGGUUUGAAUUUUCAGUGAUUUUAUCGAUUGCGUUGAUAUUGGACCCCAGGUAUAAACUUGAGUUUGUGGAUUGGAGUUACAGAAAGUUAUAUGGUAGUCAAUCUUCAGAAUUUCAAACUAUUCGGGACAAAUUAUUCUCAUUUUAUGAAGAAUAUACAGCACGUCAGAAGGUGGAUCUAUCAUCUGCAUCAAAAGAGAAGGUGGUGCCGGAUCAUCAAGAGUCCGAGACCGUGGAUAUGCUGGAGGAGUUCGAUGAUUAUGCUGAUAAUGUGUAUUCAGCAUCUUCAAAAAAGUCUGAGCUAGAAAAGUACUUAGAUGAGACAAGGAGCGAUAGAAAGACGGACUUGGACAUUCUUGAGUAUUGGAAAAUUAACUCCCAACGAUAUCCGACAGUUGCAAGGAUGGCUCGUGAUAUUUUAAGCAUUCCCAUAUCCACGGUUGCCUCCGAGGCAGCAUUCAGCUGUGGAGGUCGUGUUCUCGAUCAAUAUCGGAGUUCUUUGAAACCCGACCUUGUGGAAGCACUCAUGUACUCUCGAGAUUGGCUUUAUGGAUUAGCUGAUGGUUGUGGGAUUUCCAUGGAUCAACUCACAGAGGAUGUGAUGAACUUAAAUAUUAGCGAUGAGCCAUCAACUCAAGGAUCCAAUACAGUGAAACCUUGA